AGGGCGAGCGGGCGGGCGAGCGAGCGAGAGAGCCGGAUACGGAGGUCCACAGACAGCGGCGGUGUGCAGAGUGCAGCGCGCGGACCGGCCAUUGACGCCUGCCGUUGGACUGGACGCACGUGCACAGGCACACACGCGCCCGAGGAGUGUACGAGACAUGCCCGGGCUGCUGCCCAUGGACACACACACACUGGCAGGGCACCAGAGAGGAAAUACAGCGGAUCCCCGAGCCUGAGGAGCUAUGGAGAGCAGCAUGUUCUUCGGUAACACAUGUCAAAAUGGCCUCAUGCCUGCCCUGAUGCGUCCCACCCUGCCUGCCGUCCAGACCUCACUGGGCAUGAAGCAGCUUCUGCCGUUUCCACUGGAAACAGCCUCAGCGGUCAGCCUCUUCCCACGAUUCAACACGAUGGACCCGGUGCGGAAAGCCGUCCUCCGUCACACCGCUCGCGCCCCCCCCACCGUCAAGAGGAAGCACGUCUCCUGCAGCGUUUGCCAGCUGAGGUUCAACUCACAGAGCCAGGCUUUGGCCCACUACAAGGGGACCAAACAUGCCAAGAAGCUAAAAGCCCUGGAUGCUCCGAAGAGUAAGCUCAAAGGCUCAGUGGUCACCAAGGAAACCACCAAUCAGGAGAUCGCCAAGGGUAUCAAACCCUCGCAGGUCCCCAACAGAACCAACAGGAAAGAUGGCGUCCCAGGUGCAGCACCCCUACCACUAUCCCCUGUGCUGAGACCAGCACAACCCUUGGCAACUCCUACUCCUGUGCCAACGGCGGCACCUGUGGUCUCGCCGAACAGCACGGCAGCCAAAGCCCCAGAGACUACCUCAGCUGCCGGAGGGGACGAGAGGCAAUCAAAGCUCCACUCACCCUCAGAACCAGACCUGGAGCCUGAGGCCGAACCCAAGGCGGAGACUGACGUGGAAACAGAGGAGGAGAAAGCUCGACGUCUUCUGUACUGCUCGCUCUGCAAAGUGGCGGUCAACUCAGCAUCACAGCUGGAGGCUCACAACAGCGGUACGAAGCACAAGACGAUGCUCGGGGCCAGGAGCGGCGUGGGCUCCAUCAAGUCCUUCCCCCGGACCGGAGUCAAAAGCAAACUGGCCACGUCCUCCAAAUCAACAACGGGCCUGCAGAACAAAACGUUUCACUGUGAGACGUGUGAUGUGCAUGUCAACUCAGAGACUCAGCUAAAACAGCACAUCAGCAGCCGGCGUCAUAAAGACCGAGCAGCAGGUAAACCAGCCAAACCUAAAUACAGCCCCUACAACAAGCCGCAGAAAGGCCAGACCAGGCAGCCGAUAAAGUUGACUCUGGGUAAGGAGCGCCAGUGUCAGCCGCUGGCUACCCAGAUCAUACCUGCUCACCUGGCAGCAGUGGCAGCAGCCGCCGCCGCCCUCAGCAGCUCUUUCACGCACCGCACGAACCACGCCAAUAACCACGCCCCGACCCCUGCCCUCUUCCAGACACAGACCCUCCCCGCUGCACUGCUCCGCCCGGCCCCUGGGCCUGUCAGGACCUCCCACCCACAAAUCCUAUUUGCCCCUUAUUGACCCGUUUGACCCGGGCGGAGCCGCUCCAGCUCCCGUCAAGGACCAAACCAUGUGCUUCACCCAGACCAGGCCAAGGAGUCGUGUCAGCAUCUGUACUCCUUCUAUGCAUCUGGGAUACUGAACAUCUUCACAAGAUCAAACCUCUCACCUGUCCUCGUACGGAUUAUCCUGCAUUUGAAGCUAAACUGGACGGCAGCGAAGCAUUGGGCGCUUUUUCUCAUGAUGGAUCUAUUUCUCUAAUCCCACUGAAAACCUGGACUGUACUGUACGUGCUUUCUGUGCCAUCCUUGCAGCCCACGGCUCACACCCAGACCCCAAACUCGGACCUACAUUGUACCGCAAUAAUGUAUAAGACUAACCCUGUGAACUAUGCAGUGUCAUUAUUUCAUGAUGUAAGGCACACUUUGAGCUAAAACUACGGUAGGGAUAUGCUUUUUGUAAAGAUACAGCGCGGCACCAAGAUCAUUGCUUUAGUGGAGGAUUACUGCCGCUCAUAAUUUAAAAGGCUGUUACUGAUCAUAAGAGCGAGCCAGGCCCUCCGCUGUUCCUGUAUGCACUUUAAGCCCCUCUUCGGUUGAUGUCUACAUUAGAUGGCUAGACUGCGUUAGACGGUUAGAGUACAGUCUGUGUCGUAAUGUGUGUUUUUGUAUUCGUCCUUGCAUUUCCUGUGUGUGUGUGUGUGUGUGUGUGCGCGUGCGUGCGAGUACUUACUUCUGCGUGUGUAUGUGUGUGUGUGUGUGUGUGUGUGUGUGUGUGUGUGUGUGUGUGUGUGCGUGAGCGCUUCCCAUCCACCCUAAGCCGGUCGAUUAUCCAGCACACGUUGUCACUGAUCAUGUCUCAGGCCAGAGGGACCACAAAGGCUUGUGUAUAGUAACUGUCAUCGUGUAAAAGGUGAACAAUUUCAAAUAAAAAGAGUCCUAAUUUGUUAA